GGCCCCCCUCCUGGAGCAGCCAAGGCCGCCGCCGCCGCCGCCUCCUCCUCCCCCCCUCACAGCUUCCCCGCACCGGCCCGCCCGCAUCCCCGGCUCCCCAUGGCGCUGAAGCGGAUACAGAAGGAGCUAAGUGAUCUGCAACGUGACCCACCUGCACACUGUUCCGCAGGACCUGUUGGAGAUGACUUGUUCCACUGGCAGGCAACUAUUAUGGGACCUCCUGACAGUGCCUAUCAAGGGGGAGUCUUUUUUCUCACUGUACAUUUUCCAACAGACUACCCAUUCAAACCACCAAAGAUUGCAUUCACAACAAAAAUAUAUCAUCCAAACAUAAAUAGUAAUGGCAGUAUUUGUCUUGAUAUCCUGAGAUCACAGUGGUCACCUGCUCUGACUGUAUCUAAAGUUCUCUUGUCCAUAUGCUCUUUACUUUGUGAUCCUAAUCCAGAUGACCCUUUAGUACCAGAUAUUGCACAGAUCUACAAGUCAGACAAGGAAAAAUAUAACAGACAUGCAAGAGAAUGGACACAGAAAUAUGCAAUGUAAACUUUGAAGACUUUUUCAUAUAUACCAGAGUACUGUAAAUUCUAGGGUUUUUUCAAAAUUAGAAGUAAGUGGAGCACAGUUUACUGUUUCAGUGUACCAUGAGGCCCUUUUUGAUUUUCACCUGUAUAAAUGUGUUUCUGGAACAAGGAAAUAACUACGAAAAUUAACCUGAAGACUGUGAUGAGAGUAUUUAUCCUUUUUGUAUGCUUUGCAAAAGACAUUUAUUACUUUUUUUUAAAGAUACUCGGACAUCUGCAUCUCCAGCCUGCAAGAUUCAUAAUGCAGUUGUAGAGCAACCAAAUUAUUUUUGCUGAAGAACUAGGUGUUACAUGAAAUAUUCUGUGUGUCUUUGAGAUGUUGGUCCUGUAAGUCUGUCUGAAUUUCAUUCUUUGUUAGUUCAUUGUAUAAUUUGUAUUUUUUUUACUGUAUAGACUAUAUUUUAUUUACCAUGUAAGUCAACUCACUUUAGACGUUCUGCACAGUAUUGAUGAAAUAAGAGACAUUUUCCUUCCCAAAGGAAUACUCUGUAAACUGAUAGACUUAAAACAAAACUUUGCACUCUAAUUCUCAGUAUGCCGAUUAUGGGAAACACAUGGUUUUGAUUCUGUUGCAUACUUAAUUUUAUUGCAAUGUGAACUAAUUGCACUGCUCUGUAGAAAGAAAUGUAACUAAUUUUGUUCUGUUCACAGCUGACUUUUUUAUCCCACGUGGGCAAUAUAAUCUCUGACCUUUUAACAAAUUGACUUGAAGCUUUUCCAUACAAAUAAAAUGUGUUUUUUACUA